UUUUCUUCCCCCCAGGUGUCAUCAGUGCUGGACCCACCCAGGAGACGUCUCCUCCUAAUCUACACAACAUGAUGGUGCAUUCCCCAAACAACCCAUCAAACAUGGAUGAGACCAAAAACAACCAGAUCCUGAACCUAACCCUGGAAAUCAUCUACCUGCUUACCGGAGAGGAUUGCACAGUAGUGAAGAAGACAUCUGGAGAGUGUGUGGCCCCCAGCAGGUCAGGAGGACCUCCUCACGCAAUGAUAUAUGAAAAAGACAAUGAGCUGAAGAUUUUAGAAAUCACAAACAAGAUUAUUUUGCUGCUAUCUGGAGAGGGAGAUAAUUAUAAGGCUGAGUUCAAGAACAUAAAAACAGAGGAUCACUGGCCCCGAACAUCACCACUGGAUGGAUCCAGGAAGAGGAACCCACCAGAGAGAUGUCCUGCUCCUCUGGAUUCCCAGCACUGUCCGGGGGGAGAGGACAAUGUCCUACAGGAUGAUCAGGAUGAAGAUGUUUCUGGCAUUAAAGUUGAACAUAAGUGUGAAGAAGAGGACGGGAUGUAUAUAGUGACGGAUCAGGAGUAUGGAUCAAAGAUGAGGAACCCACCACAGAGAUGUCCCGAGGAAAAUGGGAACAUCCCGGAAAAUCAUCAGUUUGACAAUCAAAUUAUUAAAGUAGAAGUUAAAAAUGAAGAGGAGACUGACAUGGUGACUGAUGACUAUAAGGAGGAGAAAGACAACGUACAUAUCAGGUCAGAUGGAUCCAGGAAGAGGAAACCACCAGAGAGAUGUCCUGCUCCUCUGGAUUCCCAGGACUGUGCGGAGGAGAAUGAACCAGAAGACAAUGACCCAGUAGACGUUCAGGACGAUGAAACCGAGGUUGGAGACCUUUUUAUUAUCAGAGUGAACGAGGAGGAGGAGAUGUAUGUAGUGAAUGACUAUCAGGAGGACAAGACCCCUCUGCCCCUAUUACCAGAAAACCCGGAAAGGCGAUACGCGUGCGCGCUGUGCAUCAAAAGUUUUACUCGGAAAUCCCACCUUGUUGAACAUCAAAAGACUCACACAGGGGAGAAGCCCUUCAUAUGUUCUGAAUGUGGAGACUGCUUUACACUUAAGGGCAACCUGGAGAGACAUAAGAGGAUUCACCGGGACGAGCGGCCGUUUCAGUGUCUGGAUUGCGGUAAAUGCUUUUUUCAGAAAUCGGACCUUGUUGAACAUCAGAGAAUUCACACUGGGGAGAAGCCGUAUCCGUGUCUGGAAUGUGGAAAGAGGUUUAUAAAAAAAUCUGCCCUUGUAAAACAUCAGAGAACUCACACAACAGAGAAGCCAUUUUCAUGUCUGGAGUGUGGGAAACGUUUUAGCCAGAAUACAGGACUCGUAGAACAUCAAAAAAUUCAUAGAAACGAGAGACCCUUCUCAUGUACAGUGUGCGGGAAAAGUUUUACCCAGAAAGGAGGGCUCGCCGAGCAUCAGAGAAUUCACACAGGGGAGAAGCUGUUUUCAUGCUCCGAAUGUGGGAAAUCAUUUACAAAGAAUUCAGCUCUAAUUAUUCAUCAAAGAUUUCAUACAGGAGAGAAGCCAUUUAUAUGUUCUGUAUGUGAGAAAGGUUUUACCCAGAAGUCCGAUCUGGUUAAACAUCUCCGCAUCCACUCGGGGGAGAGGCCUUACUCGUGUUCAGUGUGUGGUAAAGGUUUUACCCAGAAGCCAGAUCUUAUCGAACAUGAGAGAAUUCACACUGGGGAGAAGCCUUUUACAUGCGUGGAAUGUGGUAGAAGUUUUACCCACAGAUCGAACUUUGUAAAACAUCAGGUCCUUCACAAACAAUAGCGUUACUCCCCGUGCAGGCGGAAUGUUACUCUCCCACUUGUUCGUUUCUUCCCAUUUUUUACCAUCUCUGCUUGCAUUCAGUGAGUGGAAACAUUCCUCUUUAAAGGAGUACUCCUUUGGAAAACAUUUUAUAAAAUCAACUGAUCCCAGAAAGUUUAACAGAUUUGUAAAUUACUUCUAUUUAAAAAUCUUAAUCUUUCCAGUACUUAUCAGCUGAGGUGGCAGCAGAGAGCACUGUGGUCAGACGAAAGAACUAAACAACUUCUUGUGGAGCAUACAGAUUUUUAAAUAGAAGUUAUUUACAAAUCUGUAGAACUUUCUGGCACCAGUUGAUUUAAAAAAAUGUUUUCCAGCGGAGUUCCCCUUUAAGGCUAUGUUCAGAUGGUGGAAUUUCCACCAGAAUUGACUAUACAUUCACUUCAAUGGGAUUCCGCUGUCCCAUUCACACAGCUGAAUUUUUGCGGCAGGCAUUCCGCCACGGAAAUCCAGCUUUCCACAUUCUGCAAAAAUUUAAGACCAGUCUUAUAUUUUGCGUAAUUGUGCAGCGCAAUCCCAUGAAAGUCAAUGGGGCAUGAAUUUUGGCAGAAUUCUGUGCUCUGAGAACACACAAUUCCAAAAUUCUGUUUAUCAGCCUUUUGAGGAACUGAAUUUUUGUGGAAUUUCGGAAAUUCCCCCAUGUGAACAUGGCCUAAAGCUGGAGGCUGAACCCCAGUCCUGAUCCAUUCUGAUAAUACAGACAUUUUAUAGGGUUUCUGUCAUGUUGCUCCUGCGGCCGGUUAUGUUUAAAGCUCCCUGGUAACCUCAGAGCCUGAAACUGACCUAAUCUGAGGCCAAAUUUUUUGAAAGUCUCAUAGACUUAAAGCAAACCUCCAGCUGCAAGAUUGUCCGGGAGCUUUAAAUAUAUCCCGCCACCUGAGAGACAUGACAGUUGCCACGUAAGAGGAAGAUCUGCUUCACCCAUGUUUACUAAACAGGGGGCCUCCAGCUCUUACAAAGCUACAACUCCCAACAUGUCCAGAUAUCCAAAGGUCUGUCUGCCUCCUCCUGAGGAUCCACACUAUCCCAGUAAGGUAAAUCAAGGCUUCCCUCUCAUCUAAUCCUUUAGUGCAGUGCUCUUUGGCCCUACAGCUGUUGCAAAACCACAACUCCCAGCAUGCUCCGGACAGCCAGCGCUGGGAGUUGUAGUUUUGCAAUAGCUGGAGGCAACCUGCUUGGAAGUUGCUGGCCUACACUGUACAAGACUAUCUGUAAGCGAUUACAUGGGGUCCUCAGACUCUGCACAUAAGAUGGAUUCUUUCCAUUCACCUAAUACCUAUCAUUGGAUAAAUAAAAUCUCGAUGGCUCCACGUGGUCUCCAUGGGCCCUUUCUCUGAUGCGGAGCUGGAGACGUGACCAACGUAAGAAAUCAGAGCGAGGAAGAGAAGCUGCAGCGUCACCUCCUUCCCUGUUCACACAGUAAAUCCAUGGAAAAUUCUAGACUUUAUGGCCUUGAACGUCAGCGGAUGAACACACAGAUCAACCCUAUUGCAGAUCUCCGAUGCUAAUUCGUGGCAAUAACCAACGUGGCUCGCAAUCGCGUGACCCGGGGUAGAUGUCAUCCCGUUUACCUGCGUUGGCGGUUUGUCAGUUGACUCUAUCUGAAUGAAGAGGUGGGAUCCUGGAUAUGUGGUGGUACGGUGUUACUGAAGCCAUAAAACACAUAUAUUAAAGGGGUACUCUGGCCCAUAGACUUAAAGGAGUACUCCGGCCCUAAUACAUCUUAUCCCCUAUCCAAAGGAUAGGGGAUAAGAUGUCUGAUCACGGGAGUCCUGCCACUGUGGACCCCCGCAGUCUUUCAUGCAGCACCCCGCUAUCAGCCUCCAGAGCGAACAUAGCGCUGGGUCUGAUGAAUCGCGAUCACAGGGCCGGAGUAUCGUGACGUCACGGCUCCGCCCCCUCAUUGCAUGCCUAUGGGAGGUGGCACGACUACGCCCCCGUAUGACGUCACUCCCCAGCCCUGUGGUCGUCACGCUUCACACUCGUAGCCUCCAGCGAUGCAGAGGGCUCAAAAAGGUGGGUGUGUAAUGACAGAUUGUGGGGGUCCCCAGCGACGGGACCCCCGAGAUCAUACAUCUUAUCCCGCUAUCCUUUGGAUAGGGGAUAAGAUGUAUUAGGGCCGGAGUACUCCUUUAAGUCUAUGGGGUAUGAUGGAUCGAUCUGUAAGUCAUCCACAGGACAGAUAAUAGGGAGCACUCCGCCUUCUAACGUUUAAUACCCAUAAGAAACAUCUGCCGCUGAAAUUCCAUCGUGUGAACAGUGCAGCAGAAUCCACCGUGUGAACAUGUGACCCUUGUGCUGGAUCUCUUCUGCUGCUUAUUUUCCCAUAUAAUAGGCCACUGUGUUUCCUUCAGUUUUCUCCUUCCACUCUUCUGUACGGUUCUCUCCCUUGUGGAUUUUAUAAUUUCCGCCGCUCUCGGUCCUCGCUGUGUCUCUGUUAUAUUUCUGUGUGAUCUAUGCUCCUGUAUUACGAAUAUUAAUAAAAUAUGUUGACAUUUUCUUG